AUGGUAUUUCAAGGGAUACCCGAACAUUUACUGUUUGUUGGAGAGUUUUGCCUCGCGUCAUUAGUGUAUCACACGCCAUACAUCAGAAUGCACCUCCCUCCUCGCCACCCUCUUUUCGAGACGGCAUUAUUUCAGGAUCCAGAGCUUCUCGGGAAUUUGAGCUCACGUGUACAGUGUGGAUACGCCGGGUCUAAAACACAGCUCAAAGCAACGGACUUUCCGCCUCAUGUAUCCAUUUUAGGCCAAAUGAGAGCACUGCAAGACAAUACGCUGUCAACUAUCGAAAAGAUUGAGGAAUCCCGCCGCGAAAUUGUGAAGGAUAUUAUUCAUGAGCUGGAAGAGCGUGCUAUCGGCGCUGGAACUGUCACGUUCGACGGGCUUCAUGACGCUCUACGG